GCGAGCGGCGGCAAUUUGAGAGAAGCCCCGGUCGCAUUUCCAUCAGUCUUCGCACCGCGAGGCACCAACAUCGGCUUCAACGAGUUCGGCGUGGCCGCCACCCGAAUCCCAUUGAGGGUUCCUUCUUCGAGGCGAACCUUGCACGGCUUCUCCUCCUCCUCCUUCUCCGCGUCGGCAGCAGAGGGCUCGCCGUAGUAUCCCUGUUAAGCCCAUUCCUAUGCAAAGAAUGUAAAUACAAUGGUAUGGAAUUGCAAGUUUUGGCACGAACGUUUCAGUCCUGCUCCUCCAUUCAUGAAGGCAGACAACUCCACGUGGCAUUCCUUAAAACUGGCAUUCUGAAUUACUCAGUCACCGUCGCAAACCGUCUUCUUCAACUAUAUACUCGCUGCGGUUUUCUCCGGGAUGCGUCCCACUUGUUUGAUGAAAUGCCCAACACAAACCCUUUCUCCUGGAACACCCUCGUCCAAGCCCACCUUAACUCAGGCCACACCCAAAGUGCCCUCCACUUGUUCCAUGCCAUGCCUCACAAGACCCACUUCUCAUGGAACAUGGUCGUUUCCUCAUUCGCCAAGUCCGGACACCUCCAACUAGCGCACUCUCUUUUCAAUGCAAUGCCCUCAAAGAACCACCUUGUCUGGAAUUCCAUAAUUCAUAGUUAUUCCCGACAUGGGCAUCCUGGGAAAGCACUUUUUCUCUUCAAGAGCAUGAACUCUGACCCUGCACAAAUAAUGUAUCGUGAUGCUUUUGUGCUGGCCACCGUUCUCGGGGCUUGUGCUGAAUUAUUGGCUCUCAACUGUGGGAAACAAGUCCACGCACGUGUUUUCGUUGAUGGUCUUGGGUUGGAGCUUGACAGGGUUUUGUGCAGUUCGCUGAUUAACUUGUAUGGCAAGUGUGGUGAUUUGGAUGGUGCUGCUCGCGUUAUGAGUUCCGUGAGGGAAGUGAAUGAAUUCUCCUUGUCAGCUUUGAUAUUUGGUUAUGCAAACGCUGGCAGAAUGAGGGAGGCGAGAAGGGUUUUUGACAGUAAGGUUGAUCCCUGUGUUGUGCUGUGGAAUUCGAUUAUUUCAGGUUACGUGUCCAACGGUGAGGAGACGGAAGCAGUGAAUCUUUUCUUGGCAAUGCUUAGGAAUGGUAUGAGGGGAGACGUGUCUACUGUUGCUAAUGUUUUGAGUGCAGGCAGUGGUUUACUCGUUGUAGAACUUGUUAGGCAAAUGCAUGCCUACGGUUUUAAAGCUGGGGCUACUCAUGAUGUAGUGGUUGCUAGUGCUCUGCUUGAUGCGUACUCCAAAUGUCAAAGCCCUUGUGAAGCUUGCAAGUUGUUUAGUGAGCUCAAAGCUUAUGAUACCGUUUUACUUAAUACUAUGAUCACCGUGUAUUCCAAUUGUGGAAGGAUAGAAGAUGCCAAAUGGAUUUUCAAUACGAUGCCUACUAAAACCUUAAUUUCAUGGAAUUCAAUCCUAGUUGGCUUAACCCAUAAUGCGUCUCCAAGUGAAGCAUUGGAUGUUUUUUGUCAGAUGAAUAAACUGGACUUAAAAACGGACAAGUUUAGUUUUGCUAGUGUUAUCAGUGCUUGUGGCAGCAAAUCAUCCCUUGAACUUGGUGAGCAGGUCUUUGGUAAAGCUAUUACCAUUGGACUCGACUCCGACGAGAUUAUUUCUACCUCCCUCGUUGAUUUUUAUUGUAAAUGUGGUUUUGUUAAGAUAGGGCGUAAAGUUUUUGAUAGAAUGGUAAAAACUGAUGAAGUCUCGUGGAACACAAUGUUGAUGGGGUAUGCCGCAAAUGGAUGUGGAAAUGAAGCAUUGACACUCUUUAGCGAAAUGAGGUAUUGUGGUUUCAGACCUUCUGCCAUUACUUUUACUGGAGUUCUUUCAGCCUGUGAUCAUUGUGGUCUGGUUGAAGAAGGAAGAUAUCUGUUCCACACUAUGAAACAUAACUAUUAUAUAGAUCCAGGGAGUGAACAUUACUCUUGCAUGGUUGAUCUUUUUGCUCGAGCAGGAUGCUUCGAGGAAGCAAUGGAUCUUAUGGAAGGGAUGCCUUUUCAGGCUGAUGCAAACAUGUGGUUGUCAGUAUUGAGAGGCUGCAUUGCUCAUGGAAACAAGAGUAUUGGCAAGACGGCUGCAGAGCAAAUCAUUCAGCUUGAUCCUGAAAAUGCAGGUGCUUAUAUACAAUUGUCUAACAUACUUGCAUCUUCUGGGGAUUGGGAAGGGUCAGCACUAGUAAGAGAACUGAUGAGAGAAAAGCAUGUUCAGAAGAUUCCUGGUUGCAGUUGGGCAGAUUACUGAAUUAGAAAAUCUGCUGACCUUUGUAGUUUCCAGGUGAAUAUUAACCAAUCUUAAGAGGAUAAUUCUGGAUCGCAAUAAGCUUGGAACCACCGUUACCCUCCAAAUUGUUUUGGCUUAUUUUCAGCUGACUUGCUGUUUUCAAGAGACUGAUUCAACGAGCAGCUUAAAAGUAUGUAGCAGAAGUUGGAUUAAGUCCGUUUCUUGCUAAAAGUGUUGUGGGUGUCUAGUAGGAGACUGAAGCACAAUGUUUUUACCCAGAAUACAUGACACUGAGUGUUGGACUAUUGAAAGCAAAAAAUGGUUUCUGAAAUGUCACAUUUUACCCAGUUGUGCAGAUCGUUGCAAAUUAUCACAGGUUUAGUAGUCUAGCUGAUUGGAACAAAGUCUCUCUUCUGGCAGACUUGGAAUAUUUGGAAUUAUGCAAAUGUUGUGAUUGCAUUGGUGCUAUAGGUAUUUAUCAUAAAGCAAACGUUUUGGGACGUUAAGUAAGAGGAAAAGGAUUUUGAUCCCAAUAAUUCCCCGACCCUACCAUUCCCUCCAAAUACAAUUGACUCUCUACACUCCUUUCCUUUGCUAUUGGUUUUGGACUUAGAUGUGUAAAUUAGUCCUCUCUGCAGUGCUCCAAUGAAGCCCACAAUUAACCAGACUGAAUUUUAUGUCCAUGUUUCACAUGCUUACUUAUUUUUAUUGAAAAAUAUCUAAUUUAUUAGU